GGAAGAAAUAAAAGAGGUUAAGGGAUUACUUAAACAAACAAGGAACAUAACUACUGUUUCUUGUUUACCUGAUAUUCCAGUGGAAUUUCCUCUGGAAAGUAUUGCUAAUUUGCAAACCUUGGAGGAGUAUCUAAAUUCACAGGAGGACAGUUCCAAUGAUUUGGCUUCAUAUUUUUCAACGCUAGGGGGUAAUGGAAUCCCUGCUCAGGUCAAUAGAAUUUUGAGAAUGGUCAUGUCAGAUUUUUUAGCUACACAUUAUAAUUUUGCCGGGCAACGAAAUAAACAAGCUUUCGGAAACACAAAAUUAGUGAAUGUCAUCAUACGCGCCAUACAGAUUAAAUCUCCAUCUACAACUACAGUGGUUAUUGAGAAUGCAGUAAAAACUUGGUUGAAGCAUGCUAAGCAGAGAAUGGAAAAGAAGCAUAAGCAAGGACAAAAGUUUACUCCUUAAUUUAUUUUAUUAUUACCUAAUGUAAGUGCAAGUAACAUUUACUAUUAUUUUUUUAAAUGUCAAAACGAAAACCGAAAGAAUUUGUUGGUGCAAGGCAAAAAUCUAGGAGGGCUUUAAUAGCUUCACAACAAUUUGCACAAAAUAUUUUACAAGAUAAAGAUAGUUGUAAGGACACUGUUGCCAAUAAUCUUAGUGAAUAUGCUCAGGUAGAUAGUAAUACUUUUAACAUUAUACCAAACUGUGAUAAUAGUACUUCAAGUUUAGAAAUUGUUCAGUCACAAACUUUAAAUAAUACUGAUUGUAGUGACACUUCAUCUAUUUCAAAUUCUCCAUCAUCCUCAAUUUCUGACCAAGACGAUUCACAUCAAGAAAAUACAAAGCUUUGUCAGCAGUUAGUUGAAUGGGCAACUGUGAAACAUAAAAUAACACACUCUGCUUUAACUGACCUUCUCCACAUACUUUCGCCUUACCAUCCUGAACUACCUUUAGAUAGCCGAACCUUGCUAGCUACUCCUAAUUCAACUGACAUCGUUACUUUGGAAACUGGUCAAUUUUGUUAUUUUGGCCUAAAAAAUGUUAUAUCAAAAAUUGUGUCAAAUAGUUCAAUUAAUGGAGAAAUUCAGCUUUGUUUUAAUGUUGAUGGUAUUCCGUUAUUUAAAAGUUCAAAAUCACAACUUUGGCCGAUUUUAUGUUCAAUUAAAAAUAUUCCCUGUAGUAAUCCUUUUACAGUUGCAGUUUUUUGUGGUAAAAGUAAACCUAAACCUUUAAAUACAUUUUUAAAACCAUUUAUAGAAGAACUAAAUACCUUCCUUCAGAAUGGAUUUAUAAAUGGGUCAAAUGAAUAUGUUGAAAUCAAAGUGCAUAGCUUUAUUUGCGAUGCUCCUGCACGAGCUUACUUAAAGUGCACGAAAUCGCACACAGGAUAUUCCUCUUGCGAUAAAUGCACCGUCCGUGGAGAGUAUUAUAUGAACAAAGUUGUUCUUGACAGCUUAAUAUCUCAAAAGCGCACCGACGAAGCGUUUAGACAGCAACUUGACGAGGACCAUCAUAUUGCGCAAACUCCAUUAACUGAAUUACCGAUAGAUUUGAUUAAAUCUUUUCCAAUCGAUUACAUGCAUAAUAUUUGCUUAGGCAUUGUUAAAAAAUUAUUAAAUACUUGGAUUGGCGGCCCAUUAAAAGUCAGACUUCCAAGUCAAAAAGUAAAAAUUAUAUCUGAACGUCUACUUGAUUUAAAAACACAUAUACCGGUAGAAUUUAAUCGAAAGCCUCGCUCUCUCGAUGAGCUCCAAUACUGGAAAGCGACCGAGUUUAGAAUGUUUUUAAUUUACUUGGGUCCUUUGGUUUUAAAAGAUCUUGUAGAUAUUGCGAUUUACGAGAAUUUCCUUGCAUUUCAUUUUUCGAUCUCUAUAUUAUUGUCAAAAAAACAUAUUAAACAAUUUGGAGUUCUCUUCGUAAAAGAUAUUAUAAAUGUUUUUAUUCAACAUUUGAAAACAAUAUAUGGUAAAGAGUUUAUUAUUUAUAAUGUGCAUUUGUUAUCACACAUUUGUGAUGAUGUAGAAAUAUUUGGUGUGCUCGACAACUUUUCAGCCUUCCCUUUUGAGAACUAUUUAGGACAACUAAAAUCUUUAGUAAAAGCUCCUACAAAUCCUUUACAACAAAUUCAUCGUCGGCUAGUUGAAAGAGACCUAUUAAUUUCAAAAAUAAAUAUUGAAUUUAAUCAUCUUAAACUUCUUCUAGAACACUCGAGAGGGCCGUUACCUGUUUUAAAUAAACAAAUUAAAUACCAUAAACAGUUCGGUAAAAUUAUUUUUCAUGAAACAACUCUGUCAGUAAUAACUCAGGCAAAGGCAGACUGCUAUUGCUUGUGCCAAAACGAUAAAGGAAAUAAUAAAGUUAUUGAAAUUCAUAAUAUUAUAAAAGCAAGUGAUAAUGAGAUUUACCUUAUCGGUAAAGAAUUUCUUUAUUAUUCUGAUUUAUAUUCAUAUCCAUACCCCUCUAGUGAAUUGAGUAUAUAUGUUGUCAAUAAUUUAUCAGAUCUUAAGAUCUGGUCAAUCACCAGGAUUAUUGGCAAAUGUGUCGUUUUGCCAUUUAAGGAAAAAGGUUUUGUAGCAUUUCCAAUUAUACAUAGUAUAUAAUUUAUAAUAAUUGUAAAUAUUUGAUAUGUAUGUACGUUUUUUAAUAUAGGUAGCUAUAUUAGCAUUU